UUUUGCGGCUACGGAAUCACAAUCCCAUUCUUCCUAAUUUGCACCAAUCAUUCAUCAAUCAAAUUAUUCUCAUUGAUUUAACCUACAAAUCCAUCUAUAAAAGGAUAUGAGAAAUUCAUCAGAAAGGAUUUUUUCAGCAGCCAAAAGCAAUAGCGAGUGGUUGAAGGUUCAGGAAAAGGAGAAUUCGAAUUCAAGGUAAGAAGCUAAUUCAAGGAGUUUGGUUGACUUAAAUACAUUCCUAGAGCAUCACUGAGCAUUGUUCAAUCCUCACCAAGCCGUGAAACGCCCGUGAUCGCAGUAUACACGAAUACGGUUUGCACUUUUUUUUCAAACGUCGAUUUCAUUGAUUCUCGAGUUUUAAAUGUAAUUUGAUUGCAUAAUCAUGUUCAAAAUCAUGUUUUCAAACUCCUUGGAUAUUUUGAUUUGAGAGUUGAUGCAGGGAUACUAACUUGCCAUUGUUAGGUUUUUAGAGCUCUAAUUUGGGGGUUCAUGAUACAAGGAAAAUUGGACCUAACGAAUAGCACCAUCGAACUCAGAAGCAAAUUUCCAAUCGAACCAUGGUUUUAACUCUGAUUUGUAUUGCAUCUUGUUGAUUUUGGAAAUAUGCAGGGGGUAUAGUGACAGACGAAUUCGUCACUGUUGGUCCGUUGGUAGAACUCUGAAACAUUUUCAAAACGGAGAAGAAGAGGGCCCAGCGCGCGUUUCACUAUUGUUUCCUUUUGUUAAUUUGCUUAUAUUUUAUGCGUGACAUUUCUUAAACAGCAAGCGCGAAUUGGCCUGGUGGUUAUCGUGUUGAGUUUAACGCUUGGUGGUGUGCAAGGACCAGGGUUCGAGUCUGGCUUCUUGCAAAAAGUUUUAUUUAUUUUCUUCUUCUAACAAGAUUGCAGAUCAUGUGCACAUGGCUAAUGAACGCUCACCGUAUACUUUCAUCCUGUCAACCAUUAGAUCAAGCUAGCUCCAGAUCAAGCGUUCCAGGAGUGCGUACCCAUACCAUGCACCCUCACCCAAGCCACACCAUAUUAUAGCUAAGUCUUUUUCUUAAUUUUUCUUAUUAUUUUUUGAAUUACACAAAUACUUUUAUUUUCUUUUUUUUUUAGUAUAAUUACUAUUGUUUUUAUUCUUUUAUUUAUUUAUCUAAAUAAAUUAGUUUUAUUUAUAAUAAUAUUAUAACCAUUUAUUUUAUCGAGAGUCCGAGUUUUCACAAUCUUAUUUGUAAUUAUUUUAUUAUCUUUAUUUAAAAUUCAGUAUCAUUUUCAAAAUAAACCUUUUUAUCAAAUAAAUAAUAAGGAUUAUAUCCAAUAAUUAUUUAGUUGAUAUUUUGAUUCGAACUUUCGAUUUUUCCACGUAACUUUGAUAUCAUUCCAAUUACCUUAUUAUUCUAUUAACUAUGGCUAACUUACGCCCUAAUCAGAGAUUACGAAGAUCGCUCCCUACACUGAAAACAUUUUCUUUUGUGCCUUGCCUUUCAGGGUUAUCAACAUGGUUCGCUCCGACAACGCGCCUGAUCAAAAACCCAGAGCUAAGGUUACCCCCGAGGCUUCCCGCCAACCAUAUCAGAUCAAACUCGAAGCUAAGUGCUUUUUAUUAUUAUUAAUUUCACUAUUCUUUUUACUUUCAAGGAUAAUAAUGUCCGCUCCCGAACCGAUAAUGCGCUCACUCUUUGUUUUCUGUCUAUUCCUUUGUUUCAGGGUUUGUCAAUUGCCAAAGCUACGUCGUUGGUAACCCUAAACGCUAUUUUAUUUAGGUCUGUUAUUAUUACUUAUGCCAAACCCUGUUGGGAUCCGCUGGUUUCAAUUUCCCCCUUCCCUCUAUUGCAAUUAUUAUUACUCUAUAACUGCGUGGUUAGUAAGUGUAAGGAGUGCAAGAUUGUAAUUAACUUAGAAUCACUAUGUACAAGAUAAUAUAACUGAAUUAACCACGUGAUUGUUGCACACACGCACGCUUUUGGGUAACCUCUCUGUUGCCUUGUUGCCUUGUUGCCUGUUGCCUUGUUGCCUUGUUGCCUUGUAUUUUGUGCAGAAUAGCCAGUCCCUCGAAUACGAGGAUACCUCAGCCAUGUUGCCUCGAUUAAAGGUCAUGGUCCCUAAUGAUGCUGCUUUCGAUACACUAACAUGACCUCGACCCUCGAAAGUUUCCUACGGAAAAGGCUGAGGUAUCUUCUGGUUGCCUACGAAAGGCUAUUCUGAUCCUUCCUCUUAGACUACCUGCCUCUCUAUGGCAUGGGUCAGUCUUUGAGCGAAGGAUGCUUCGACGACCCUUCAACCUCCAAACGAAAGGCUUCCUGCCCUCUUAUGGGGCGUUUUGGGAAUUAACUGAAGGACGAAUCCUAUUCCCGGAUUCAAGAACACUUAAGAUUAGGAGUGGCAUAGUCAUAAGGACCUCUUUCACAUAUGUGGAAGAUGAGUCAAUAUGAAGUUCACGCUUGAGUUAGGACUCCAUAGCAUAUGCACACCUUUCUCAAAUGAGGGAGGUCUAUGUAUGUGUCUGUGGGUGCGCCGGAGCUCAAGGACCUUUAGUUACCCUUAACCCAUCCUGGCCUUUAGGAACGUAGUGGGGGGACUACUCUCGAUAAAUGUUAAGAACUAGUCGCUACCCGAUGCUACAAUUCAGGUAGGUUCUUUCUCAAAGUAUCAUUGCAUGAUGCGAAUGUAUCAUGUCCGAGGGUGCUUUAGAAGGGCCGACAAUUCUGGAUAACUUGUAGAACCCGUUGCUGAAAUUUCCUUAUCCAUAGAAAUACCCUUGGGAAGGACACCUGAUCAGACUCCAUGCAAGCCUUAAGCCAUAAAUUGUGUGACUUUUGUGACUUGUUUGUGCUUUCUACUAACCCUUUGGUUUUCUUGCAGGUUUUUCUUGUGGGAUUCACUCGUCCUUAUUACCCUACGUUUUGUCUGAUGCAUUGCAUUCACAUGACAUCAUGACAUCAUAAGCAUAACAUGAUUUAACUAACCCUUUCAAGGAUCUUAGGAAUUUAGGGCGCACAAUUUCAGGUGCUCUUAUUAAGGACUGAGUUCUUAUCUAGGGGAAGAGGAUUUAUUUUCCUCUGGCCACAUACCUUCCAAUUCAAAGACACAGUAUCUAUCAAGGGGCAAGAGGAUUUACUUUCCUCUAGCCAUAUACUUUCAAAUUCAGAAGGAUCCCGAAUCAGAGGCGAUGACCCACUCGAUAUGGUGAGCUCGAUUCUCAAAGAAGGAUGUUCAAAGACAAAAUUCAGAAUUCUUCAGACAAAGAUGCGACCAAAUCGUUUCUAAUGUUGCUAACUAAAUUCCUGAAAAUCCUUGAAAACAUUGCAUUUGCAUUCAUAACAUCGCAUAACAGGUUUCUUACAAUUGGUCUCUCAUACCCAACCGCUGUUUAUUUCAGUGAGAAAAUGGAUCUCGAACAAUCUGUCAAGAAUCUCCAAACUCAGAAUGCUGAAUUUCAAACUCUGAUCCUGAACUUGUCCAAGGGGCAAGACGAGCUGAAAGCCCUUCUGACUAAGAAGGAGAAGAAGACCAAGAAGCCCAAAGGAGUGAUCAAUUUGGGAAGAAGGUUCAAAGGCCGUCCCAAGAGGGCUAAGGAUGCUGAAAUCCCUAAAGAUGAGGAAGACGAAGAAAGAGAUGAUCUCAGUGUCAAGAACAAUCAGGGAAGCCAUGUAGGUUCUGAUGGUGAAGAAGAAGAAGAAGAAGAAGACGAGUAUCCUCAAGACGAGGAUUACACUGAUGAGAAGUAUAGGCUACUGGAAGAGCGUCUGAGGAGUGUGGAAAUUCAGAAGGUACCUGGGCUGGACUUUGAAGAAUUAGGACUCGUUCCUGGGGUCGUUAUUCCUCCAAAGUUCAAGACUCCCGCUUUUGCUAAGUAUGAUGGAAUCUCUUGUCCCAAAAUGCACUUGAGGUCUUAUGUAAGUAAGAUUCAGCCUCACACUGCUGAUAAGAGGCUCUGGAUCCAUUUCUUUCAGGAAAGUUUAUCUGGAACUCAACUCGAAUGGUGCUAUCAACUGGAAAGUACUUACAUUCGUACCUGGGAAGAUUUGGUUGUUGCUUUUUACCAACAAUAUCAAUACAAUUCUGAUCUCGCACCAACUCGCAUGCAACUACAAAACAUGUCUAUGGGCUCUAAUGAAAGUUUCAAAGAGUAUGCUCAAAAGUGGAGAGAUUUAGCUGGAAGAGUCAAACCCCCCUUAACUGACAGAGAAUUGGUCGAUAUGUUCAUGAAUACACUGACUGGAACUUUCUAUAGUCACUUGCUGGGAAGUUCAUCAUCUGGAUUCACUGAGCUUAUACUGACUGGGGAACGUGUUGAAAGCGGUAUUCGAAGCGGUAAAAUUCAAGUGGCUACCUAUUCUAAUACCACAAAGAAAGUGCACAAUGAGAGGAAUGAAUCUAAUACCGUGGGAUCAGUUGUAGCCUCUAAUCAAGUGCUGGUACGACAAAAAGACAACCAGCGUAAACCAGAUACACCCAGACGUCAAUUCACAAAGAUCAAUAUGUCACUAGCUCAAGCCUUACAACAUCUGCAAAAGGCAAAUUUGAUCACUCUCAGGGAUCCUCCUAAGAAUCCUAACACCUCUGCUCCUAGUUACAAGCCCAAUGCGAGGUGCACAUAUCGUUCUAACAGUCCUGGACAUGACACAGAGAAUUGUUGGCCAUUGAAGAAUAAGAUCCAAGAUAUGAUCGACGCUGGUGAAAUUGAGUUCGACCCUCCUGCAACUCCUAAUGUGAUCACCACUCCCAUGCCUAAUCACAACAAGAUUGCUAAUGCUGUGGAUGGCUAGAAGGAUAGACUUUUAGAUCAUUAGAUUUAUUUUCAUUCGCAAUUUCUAUUCUGUUUGUUUAAACAUUCGAAUUAUGAUAGACAUUAUAUAUUUUAAUAAUUAUCAUUAGUGCAUUGCAUAUUUUUGUCUUGAAUUAUUUAUUUCGCUAUCACUAAUUUUAAAUUAUGUCUUUACGUUGCAUAUGUUUUGUGAUUUUCAACUCCUGCUAAAAGUUGUAUACCUUUUUGAGGGAGGAUGACGAAAACGAUACCGCAACCUUAUACAGUAUGCUUUUGAACAGACUAUGUUGACGAUGUACACGCACUGUUUCAAAUCCUAAACAGUGGAGAUAUAAGGAUGUUAAUCCCUCGUCAACCCCUUUGAGCCUAAGAAGUAGAAGUUUCUUUCUUGUACUAAUCAAAACCCUUGAUCAUAACCUGGGGCAGGAUAGUUCUCAGUUAAUUUGGCUGUGCAUUCUAUUUUAAGAGAAUCAUUCAGUACACCUUUCAACAAAGGUUUCAAUCACAAGCAUUCAUUCGCACACAUCAAAGAAGUGUUGGAGAUACCAAUCAAAAGCCAAUGAUGGUUCAUCAAUCAUUAAACAAGGCAGUCAAUAUCUUUCAAAAAGAAAAAAUGAUGAAAAAACACACAUACAAAAAGCCUGCUAAGUCAAAAAACAAAAAAAAGAAGACUUAGGCAUCCCGCUGACUGUAAGCUCAAAAUAGACAGUUCAGGCAAAAGUUAGGGAUAUCAAAAAAUUAAAGAAGAGAAGUCAAUAAAUUCCUGAACAACACAAUGUUGUGAUUACCAAAAGGAAGAAGUGACUGCCAUCUCGAAAAUUCUCUUUGCUUGUGAACCAUCAUCAUUAUCAAAGGUACAAAUUCGAAAGUUUCUUGGAAACUGAAUGCAUAAGCUGAAUUAACUGAGUUUAGGACUGAAGAACAUCACGAAGAAGGGGGUGGGUAAAAUAAAAUUUUGAGCCUUUAUCCUUUGUUUCUUAAACCGUGAACCAAGCCACGUUACAACCCUUGAAAGUCCUAACUGAAGCAUGGUUAGUUCGAAAGCAUAUUGUCACCAAAAGGUAUCCUGACUCCUUAAGGUUUAUCACGAAUGCUGAGUUGAUGUUUUGUCUUUACGAGCAUCAGGUUUUCACAAACAUCACGUUGUUACAAAUAGCAUGUUUUUUACAAACAUCGCACUUUUAUAUCUCUUAUCUUAAUGCUUUUCAAAAACUCAAGACAAACGUAUGCAUUGCAUCUCAUGAAUUCAUUAUUAAACAUAUUCUGCUACAUAAUUUCAAAUGUUAGCAUCAGAAUGAAUUUGCACAUGGCAUGUCUAAUGACUGAAAGUUAUCCCGACAGACAAUAUUACUCCAAGAAGCAAUGUCUCCUACGUAUCCAAGGGGCAUGACACGUUUUUCCCAAAUCAAUAUGGGGCAAUCAAGUCAAGAUUAGAAGAAUCUCUCAAAAGCCAAACAGUCAGGGACCUCAUCCUAAGUUUACGAUUACUAGGGGCAUGUCACCUACAAUAUACACUUCAUAAAGUCCUCGCGAGGCGAAUCUUUCCAAAGUUCCUAUUAACUAGGGCAAAUCUAUGCAAGUCCAGUUUGACAUCUUGAUCAAUACUCAGUGGCGUGUCCUAAUCAAAUAAUACCAGGGGCAACUUUCAAGACACCCAUAUCUCCCCACAGAGCCGGGUUCACAAGAUCAUAUCCCCACAGGGUAAUCAUUAAGAAGACAUCUUCAAAAGUUCUCGUCCCGACACAGAUAUGGAUCCCCAACAGAGUUUACAUCUUCAACACUGUCAUUUCUCCAACACUUUGCUCUUCGCCAACAUGGGUUACUAAUACUUUUUUCCUCAAUCAGGGUCCAUCAAGUUGCUGAUCAUCCCCAAGCAAGAAUCAUAAAUUCCCAGCUGAGCAUCUUCAAGACAAGAUCAAUCAUCAAAAUUACAACGAAAGAAGGAUUUAUUUUCUCAAGAUACUCCAAAUAGCAUAAAUCAUGUUCAUACAUCAUAUAUCCUA